UUGCUAUAUAAGGGGGUUGUUAGAAAGAUAUCCUCACAAACAUUUGUCACCUUUCUGAUCCAGUUUAGCAGUCGUUAAAAGACAAAAUGAGAACUUUGGUUCUGUUUGCCGCUGUUUGCAUUGCUUCUGUCCUUGGAGAUACCGACACCUACAACAAGUACCAUUCUUCCAACAAAUACUUGGGUGGUUCUACCAGUGGGAAAUAUCUAGGCGGAAGCAACUACUACAGGAAUAGGUACCAGAACCGUUAUCCUUCCGUUGGACGUUACAACAACCAAGGUGGUAUGUACGACGACUACAAUGAUCGGCUAGGACUUGGAUCAAGCUUAGGAUACCAAGAUAGUAUGUAUCCAUAUUCGAGAUCGGGCUUUGAUUACAACAAUCGAUACGACCCUUACGACAACAACAGAUAUAACUACAUGGGAAGCCGCGGUAGCAUGUACGACAACGACAGAAUGUACAGAGGCGGCAGCAUGUACAACAACUAUAACGAUUACAACAGUCGAUACAAUGGGCGAUACAACAACCGUUACAACGGCCGCUAUAAUAGCCGCUACAACAAUUACAAUAAUUACAACGAUUACAAUGAUUACAACAGGCGUUAUGACUCCAUGUCUGGUGGCUACCCAGUGUUCGGCUCCCAAACCUCUUCGGUCUUUUAAACAGACAUGGCUUGUGGAACAUACAAAGUUGAAAAACCAAAAAAAAAAGAUGUACAAGUAUAUAGUCUUGCAUUAUAUUAAUAAAACGGCAUGAAAUAUAA